AUCGCGGUGGCCUCGCGCGGUUGUUCGCCACCAACCUCAAACCAACCAAGCAACCAACCCACCACCACACUCCGGUCCACGCCCUCCACCACCACCCGCCGCCGCCGCCGCCCAAAACCCUUCUCCCUCCCGGCGGCCAUGGCGUUCCCGUCGCCGAACUCCCUCUCCGCGGCGUCCCACCCUACGUCCUCCUCCUCCUCCUUCCACCUCCACCUGCAGCUGCAGCAACCCGUCCCCCACCUCCCCUUCCCGCGCUCCCUCCCGCUCAACCUCCCCGUCCUCCGCCUCGCCCGCCCCCUCCUCCCUCCCGCCCCGCUAGCCUCCUCCGGAAGCGGCGGCAUCGGCAUCGGCGGCGGAGGCGAUGACGACGAGGGUCGCGACAACGCGGGCGGAGGAGACGGCGGCGACGACGACGCGUCGGUCAACAGGAGGGAGGCGCUGUUCGUGCUGGCGCAGCUGGGGCGGAAGCUCGAGAGCCUCCCGGCCGACCUCGCCGCGGCCAUCGAGGGCGGCCGCGUCCCCGGGGAGAUCGUGCAGCGGUUCGCCGACCUCGAGAAGUCGGGACUCUUCCGCUGGCUGCUCCAGUUCGGCGGCUUCAAGGAGCGCCUCCUCGCCGACGACCUCUUCCUCGCCAAGGUCGCCAUGGAGUGCGGCGUCGGAAUCUUCACCAAGACUGCAGCAGAGUAUGAGCGAAGGAGGGAAAACUUUGUCAAAGAGCUUGACUUUGUGAUUGCAGAUGUGGUCAUGGCAAUAGUUGCAGACUUUAUGUUGGUUUGGCUUCCUGCUCCAACAGUGUCUCUGCAGCCACCACUAGCAGUAAAUGCAGGAUCUAUUGCUAAAUUCUUCCACAAUUGCCCAGAUAAUGCCUUCCAGGUUGCUUUGGCUGGAACAUCAUACUCCCUUUUGCAGCGCGUAGGAGCUAUUAUGAGGAAUGGUGCAAAACUUUUUGCAGUGGGAACUAGUGCAUCCCUGAUUGGAACUGGUGUGACCAAUGCACUGAUAAAAGCACGAAAGGCUGUUAGUAAGGAUUUUGAAGGGGAAAGCGAGGAUAUUCCAAUUGUAUCAACUAGUGUUGCCUAUGGUGUAUACAUGGCCGUUUCCAGUAACCUCAGGUACCAAAUCCUGGCUGGAGUGAUUGAACAGAGGAUGCUCGAGCCAUUACUACACCACCACAAACUAGUGUUGAGUGCACUGUGCUUUGCUGUUCGAACAGGGAACACAUUCUUGGGUUCUCUACUGUGGGUUGACUAUGCCAAGUGGAUAGGCAUACAAUAGGUUCGAACUUUGAAUAUAGAUCUGAAAUUGCGAGUCAUUAGCAAAUACCAUGCAGACUCUGAACACUUACGACUCCCGUUUGGCGCAAGAAAAUCUAGGACAGAUUUCGGUUUUUAUGGAACUGAAGCCCGAAGGAAAAGGGUAAUUUGUCGAAUUCCCAUGAACAAGUGAUUGGAUUGUUAGUGGUGGUUUGUGCGUUCUGUUUUGUUGAAUUGGAUUCCUUUGAAGCAAUAAUUUUGCCGUCAUUUAUUUGGUGCGCACGUUCUUGUGUUUGGGACCAUUGCAUUCUUUGUUUCGUAACGCACAAGAAGAGGCCUCUCGUGUUAAAAAGACCUUCAGUAUGAUCCUGCAGGCAUGAGGUCAAUUUUAUAAGCAGCUGGCAAAAUUUGAAUUAA